AUGGCAUCAUUGGCAUGAGCAGAAUUGCACCCCCGGCGCCAGCACUGCGCCCCCGCGCUGCCCAUCGUUCAGGUCAGCCAGAGCACAUCUCCACCCCGCGGCCCGCGGCCUGUCCCCCGAUGGCGGACGCGGGGAGAGGCGAUGGGGAGGCGUCCACAGCAUCGCCUGACCCGGCGCCUGCGCAAGCUCAGUCCGCGCCCAUAGAUGCCCUGACCGCGGAGCCCGCAUUAAACGAUGCCCUCUCGCCGCCCCGCGACUUCAUGCUGGACACGACGACGGAGCAGCCCCGACCCGAAGCCGUCGCGCUGACGCCCGUCGUCGCGGAACAAGACGAGACCUGCGUCUACGUCUUCGGCGCGAACGUGGGCGCGGCGCCCGACGCCGCCACCGCAAAGCUCGCGAAGCGAGUCUUGCAGAUCUCGGUCGUGCUGAUUUUGUUACAGGCCAUCAUCGCCGUCGUCUACUACGUGAGGGACGAGCCCCUGGCGCUGAUACUGAUCACGCUCUGCUUCUCGCUCGCGCACCCGACGUGCGGCAUCUUCGGGGUCAUGAACAAGGAUAGAAGCUUACUAUGCAUGUUUUGUGGGUAUGGCUGCAUCCAGUGCGCCGCGGACGCCAUUACUUGUGUUUUAUGUAUAGUCUAUGCCGUAUCGAAGAGCGGCAAGAAGCGCCGCGACUUUGCCAUGCUGGCGGCGUACUACUUCGUCCAGGGCGUGAUCCACUACGUCGUCUUCUACUGGGGCAACAAGUUGUAUAUUCACAAGGGCUUCGACGCGCGGGCCGUACAUCCUGAAGCUAGGGCGGCGCGGCGGCGGCGCCGGGAAGCAGUGCCCGUCGCCGCCACCUCGCGUCUCGAGGAUGACGGCUUCGCGGCGGCGGCGUACGCCGACGUCGAGGCCGGGCAGCCCUGGGUCAUGUCGCCCAAGGUCGGUUCGGCCGACGACGACCGGCCCGACGCCCCGCCGCCGGCCGCAGAGGCCGUGCCCGCCGUCACGCCCCGCGAAGAACCAGCGGGCUAGAUUGUAAAAUAUUUGUCUGAAA